AUGGAAGAAGACACAUAUUACUCAAACACAGAAGAAAUUGAAGAAGGGAUGACCGAAGAAGAAAACAAUUAUGAACAAAUAACAGAAAUGAUAAAAGAGGCAAGUCAAUGUUUAAAUACAAUUCAGAAUGAGAGAGAAGCAGCAAGAAAAAAUGCAAUUGAAAAAGUUCAAAUUAUGAAUGAAUUAACAGACAAAAUAAAGAAAAGUAUAGAGAGACAGGGGGAAAUAACAGACAGUUUAAUUCAAGAAAAGAAUGAACAUGCUAAAAUUCUUGCAGAAUUACAAAAACAUGUUAGCAAAAACACAGGAAUUCAUUGCACUAUUGAAAUUAAUAAUGGAGAAAUUGUGUUAACACGAGCAAAAGAUAGUAUUGCUAUUGAAAGAGAUGUAUUGUUUGAAAAAACUAUACAGCUACAACACGUUAUUGAAGAAAUGAAAAGUAAACGUGAUAAAAACGAACAAAAAAUUGAAGAGAGUCAAAGAAAUACUUAUGCACUUUCAGAAGAAAUAAGAUCAAAAUCAUUUUCCCAACAACCAACAGAAAAUGAAUUAGGCGUUGAACAAAUUGUUAAAGCCUUUGAAAAGAGCAAAGUUGGAACAAAACAAUUAUUAAAUUUUAUAAAAAUUUGUGAAAAUAAACCAGUUUGUUUUGACUUAUUGUUUUCAUUUAUGACAGACUAUAUUUACUUUCCUAGAGUCCUAUCAGAAAUAGACAAAUUCUUUCAAAAUCCAAAACAAUAUCAAGAAUAG